CUGAGUUCUAUAAGACAUGCAAUGUCAUCUUACUAUUUGUGUAACUAUGCCUACCUUUCUUUAGACUGUAAGCUUGUUGGAAUAGGACCCUUUUACAUCUUGUUUAAUUUCUUCCCCUAGGUGUCUCUGGUCCUUGUCUCAUCGCUGGAUGCCCAUGAUCCAUGGCUAUGGCACUUUAACAUUCAGCUGUUGGGGGACAUGAGGGAAGAUUUGCUGGGGUGCUAUGUCUGUUCCUGGAGUGAGAGGGUAAGUUCUUAUUAAAAAAAAAGUGUUACUCCAACCUGCUUUUAGAAGUGGUCAUGGAGGAAGGAAAUGCCGCACUUACAGAAAUAUGACUUUUGUUUUGGGGACUAGUUACACUCCUGGCACAUGUGACUUAGGCAGCCCGUAAGUCUGUUCCAGACUGCACAAUGUGAGUUCUGUGCAAAAAUGACUUUGUCAUGCUGAUGCAAUCGCCUUCUUCAGUUGUAGACAGAGCUGACUGUGAAGCCCAUUCUCCCUCCCUUCCCUUGGUGUUAGAACAUCAAUCCAUCUUUCCGUCCAGCCCUGCCUCCUUCCCCUUCACUUACUCUAUUAAACCCUUUACACACAAUGCCAGGAAUAUGAUUGUAAUUGUGAUUUCCUCCCCACCUUUAUCAUCCUGUUAUAAUGCUGGACAUAGAGACAGUGUGUGACUUUGUUUUUCCAUCUGUCAUCCUUCUGGCAUUACAUGCUGCCCUCUCCCUUCACCUAUUCUAUCCAUACCGUGCAGAACUCAGUCAGUGGAGCACCCACUCUUUUCUCUACACUUUCUCUAUUAUAUGCCUCCUUGUGGCCUCCUGCUAUGCUAACUCCCUUCCCAAAUAAGAUUGGAACAUGGACUAUAACUGAAUGAUGUGCAGUGUCGACAGUUUUGACGAGCUUUUUUUUUUUUUUUAUUUAAAUUUAUUUAUAUUUUAAACUUUUUUUUUUUUUUUUUAUAAGCAAAAAAAAAAACGUGGGGGAAAUAAGUAAGAAGUGCUUUACAAGAUAGGAAAAUAAUGCACUUAAAAAGAUUGGGGUUACCCUUUAAGCCUAAUAUACUUAUUUUUAUCAGAUGCAUCCUUUUAUUGGAUAGAUGGAACCUAAUAUAAUAUGUGAUUUUGUUUCUGAUGUUUGUUUGUACAGACAUUCUUUAGCAUAUUCCUAGCUUAGCUUGUUCAAAUUUACUGACCUAACUAGCCAUGAAUCUCCUAAACUUCCCCAGAUUAAACACACAACGCAUAAGAAUUCAUUUAAAGUGUUUAUCAUACUUGCGGGGUGGGGGGCACAUAAAGGUGGCCUAGUGAAGAUAGGUCUUACUUCUGUGAGCUGUCCCUCGCGGCUGUCACCAUCUUUAUUUUAGGUAUUCUACAGCUCCUGGCGCUUUUCUUUCCAGGAACCGCGUUAGUGCUGUUGUCUUGUCAUAUAUGAUAGUACUGCAGUGAGUGUUUCCGGAACCUCCAUAGACAGAGUCUCACAAUAAGUAUGAUGAUGAAUGAAUUUCAGAGCUACUGGGAUUGGACAAAAGUGGACCGUAAACCUCUGAUUUACCAUAAUACAGUAGUCAAUCAUUUGUCAUGUGGCAUCUUUGGAUUGCAUUGGAAUUUCAAUAGAAUUCCAAUGCAUUGAGCAUCCGCAUUUCAUAAAGACUAUAUCUUUUAAACACACUGCAUUUGAAUGAAUUUUGAAUCAAAGUUGCUGAGGCGCUUGAAAACAGUAGCUGAGAAAAAGUACUGUUUUAAUUUUGCAGUUCUCAUUCUUUUAGUUGCUGUCAAUUUUAUGGUCACUUGUGACUUUAAACUAAAAUAGAUUCAAUAAUUGUACUAGAAAAUGACUUUCCUGUUACUGGUCACUGAAACCAGAACCAGGACUGUCAGCUGGACAAAAUAUUAGUAAAUAAUAGAUAAUUAAAUCAAAAUUGCCAUCAAUAUGUCGGAAUAUAGAGAGGGUUCAUACGUAGAUUCAAGUGAUUAAAAUAGCCUAAAUGGCUCUUCUCCUGUCUAAAGGACUCUUAGACGUAAAGAAUCUAUUUGAGACUCAGGACUUUAAUAUAAUCAACCAUAGUAUGUCCAUGUCAACAGUAAAAGCGGUUGUGGAAUGAGCCUUUAAAUUAACUCCUGUAAUCUAGAUGGAAAAGACAAUCAGUCUUUGAAUAGUGGCUGUAUAUAAAGUAACACUUGUAGCAAAGCCCGCUGUAUCAAAAAAGCUACAAUAAGAGUGUAGUUAAGCAAUCAGCAAUUAAGGAUAACAGCAUUUAGCUGGAUACCAAGUAACAUAUAAUAAAAGGAAAAAAGUCUACAUGAAAAUUCGUAGAUUAAUCACAAAAUAUGUCAGAAAUGAUAAAUCUUAAGUUAGUGGUUUCCUAAAUCGCUAUGGGGUACAAAGAGUAUCUGUUGCCCCCUCAAAUACAUACAGAGCCAGUCCAGAUUCCUCAAUCAAAUAGAUAAUUCCAAUCUAGAUAGCAUAUCAGGAGUGACAGGAGGAAAAGGUGAAAAAUUAGGAAAUAAUAGUGCUAAUGUGUAGAACCAUGCUUAGAGUGCUGGUUACCUACACAUCGUGAAAUAGUGCCCUAGAAGUGAAAAUAAAAAGUGAGUGAAAGUGAAGGAGAAAAACCUCCUUCAACCCGACGCGCGUUUCGGUGCUGUGAUGCACCUUCGUCAGGGGCUGAAUUCGUUAUGGACCACCAAUCAGGGUUCCUAUGUGGACCGUCAGUUGGCGCCAAAAUGACGUCAGAAUAUGCUAAUUCGCUGUUUAAAUAAAGAAAAGAAAAAAAAAAAAAAAAACAACUCCAAUCAGGGUUAAGUCCACCUCUACAUUGUGUGGUUUAUAUUUAACCCUGUAUGUACUCAUUGGAUGGAGUGACUUGCUUCAUAGAAUAGGGAAAGGACGAAGGUGAAUAUAUCUGUGUAAAUUUUAUAAUCAGAGACGGAUGAUGCGUCAAGACAUUUAUAUCAUGUAAAGUCAGUGUAUUGCUAUCACAAGGCAUUGUUUGAGAAGUAGACGGUUCAUCAUGGGUUAUCUGGACGCCUGUAGGAUCAUGAGAAUGGGUAGAGAGGCUUUGAGCGAAAAACCUCUAAAAAGUGGAAAUAAGGGAUUUUAACCCUCGCUCAGCCAUGGGGACCUAAUACCUAUCCCAGGAUAUCAUAAGGAUUAUAUAAAUAUGGGCGGUCAGGUUAACUGUACUUCCUAUUAGGGUAAUGAUCAUUUCAUUAUCAAGCCUCAUUCUCGAUUUACGGGCGGAAUUAACACCCGCUAUACUGUUCUUAGCAGUCAUGUGAAAAUAGUAAUAGCUGAGCUUAUACCCAAAAUUCCCAUGUGCGGGUAUUAUCAAAUGGCUUGGUGAUCGUAAAUAAAUUGCCAGAUACUCAUAUACCAGUGUGUCUACAUAAAUACUAGGUAAUAAAUGCCUCUGAUAUACAUAAUCAAAUAUUGUGGCUUUUUAUAAUGCAGAUUCCCUAGCAACACUUCAUUAUUAUUUAAACAAGGUCUAGGGUCCAUAACGAAUUCAUCCCCUGACGAAGGUGCAUCACAGCACCGAAACGCGCGUCGGGUUGAAGGAGGUUUUUCUCCUUCACUUUCACUCACUUUUUAUUUUCACUUCUAGGGCACUAUUUCACGAUGUGUAGGUAACCAGCACUCUAAGCAUGGUUCUACACAUUAGCACUAUUAUUUCCUAAUUUUUCACCUUUUCCUCCUGUCACUCCUGAUAUGCUAUCUAGAUUGGAAUUAUCUAUUUGAUUGAGGAAUCUGGACUGGCUCUGUAUGUAUUUGAGGGGGCAACAGAUACUCUUUGUACCCCAUAGCGAUUUAGGAAACCACUAACUUAAGAUUUAUCAUUUCUGACAUAUUUUGUGAUUAAUCUACGAAUUUUCAUGUAGACUUUUUUCCUUUUAUUAUAUGUUACUUGGUAUCCAGCUAAAUGCUGUUAUCCUUAAUUGCUGAUUGCUUAACUACACUCUUAUUGUAGCUUUUUUGAUACAGCGGGCUUUGCUACAAGUGUUACUUUAUAUACAGCCACUAUUCAAAGUUCCUCCUUGACUGAUUGUCUUUUCCAUCUAGAUUACAGGAGUUAAUUUAAAGGCUCAUUCCACAACCGCUUUUGAUGUUGACAUGGACAUACUAUGGUUGAUUAUAUUAAAGUCCUGAGUCUCAAAUAGAUUCUUUACGUCUAAGAGUCCUUUAGACAGGAGAAGUGCCAUUUAGGCUAUUUUAAUCACUUGAAUCUACGUAUGAACCCUCUCUAUAUUCCGACAUAUUGAUGGCAAUUUUGAUUUAAUUAUCUAUUAUUUACUAAUAUUUUGUCCAGCUGACAGUCCUGGUUCUGGUUUCAGUGACCAGUAACAGGAAAGUCAUUUUCUAGUACUUCCAUUUUUGGGGUUAUGCCCCUUGACACCACUGGAGUGUCAUUUAAAGGUGUGACUGACCACUAGGAGGGUGGUAUAUUCAAGUCUGGAAUAACCACUACCUUUGGCCUAGUCAAUUUCUACUAGAUUCAAUAAUUGAGUGUGUAUUCCAUGCUUCAUAGACAAAUCAUUGGAUUGAUAGAUCAUGGUGAUAGCCAUAUGUCUACAAUACUUCUUUUAUAUUAGGCAGUUAAUUUUAAUGUUUUGUGUGUGUGUGUGUGUGUAAUAUAUCUUUUUUUUUUUUUUUUUUUUUUUUUGUUCCUUUUAUUUUGUUUAAGAUUUGUUGUGUGCUCAGUGGCUCUGCUGAGAGCUUAACAUAACCUGGUUCACCAAUUCAUGAACAGGGCUGUGUGUAAACUAAUAAGCAACAGCUUUAUGACUAUCAAUUUAUUCAGCACUACCACUCAUCAUAAGUUUUGUGUGUUGAACUGCUCAUGGGUGAUAAACUACUUAUCUCAUAAACCAUGCUGGAUGGGAUUUACGGGUAAGAUCCAACCCCACAGACUAAAAUGAUACUCCUGACUGGAGGUCUAAACAUGGUGUGGGAAGGAUUUGCCACACUUAAAUCAAUGUUUCUCUACGAGAAGCAUAGGAUUGGCCCGUGGUUAUCCAUUAGGAUGAUCUGAGAAGAGGGAGGAGUGGCGGCAGCUCGAUAAAAGCAGAGUUUAGUUUCUUUAUUUUUCAUUCACAUGAAGGCUCAAUUGUAUAAAUGAGUAAGACAACGCUCCUAACUGUAUAAAUAAAUGUAUUUAUAGUGUUAGUGUUCUUUUUACCAUAGUUUGUUGUAUGAGAUCAAACUCCAUAGAUCAAAAUGAGAAGUUUCUGAUUUGUGGAGACUCUUUGUGGCCAGACAAAUCUGCCAGCUCCAAGGCCUGCCUGUGCAAGCACUGCACAUCUAAUAACUGUAAACGGUAUUGUUUGUUUUCUUUAAUGCAUUAAAUAAAUUGGGGGUUGAUGCCUGUUGUGUCCCUUUACACUACACUUCAUAAAAUAUCUAAUAAAGUAUGUAUAUUUAUACUAUUUUUCUAUUUGACUUAUUCAUAUUUUAUCAUUUUAAGAUUUGUUCUAGAUUCACCUAGUUUUUGUUAAAGGGUAUUGUUGGCUUUAAUUAUUCAAAAAUAAACAGUUUGUUUUUUAUACCUCCACUGCAGGUAAACAAGGGGUGCUGACAUCAUUCUUAAUGGAGCUACGCUGAUACCAUGUCCGCAUGGAAUACGUAGCAUCACUCAAUGAUGGGUUGUGGGACAAGCAAGGUGCUUCCGGAACCACCAAAGAAUGUUCAGAUAGACUUGAUCAAAAAGGUGGAACCUUUUAUGGAAUCAAAAAAUGACAUGUAUAAGCAUUUCAUCACUGACUCUGAUCAGACUGAUUUGAAGAAAACCUCUUUAUCUCCUCCAUACCCUCAUGAGUAUUUGCACAAUCAUAUAGAAAAUACAGACUCUCGGAAAAACAAAGUAGCUAGGUACCGAGCUAAGUUUGAUCCACGAGUUACUGCCAAGUAUGACAUUAAGGCACUCAUAGGAAGAGGCAGUUUUAGCCGUGUUGUGCGAGUUGAACAUAAAGCCUCCAAGCAACCUUAUGCUAUUAAAAUGAUUGAGACUAAAUAUAGAGAGGGAAGGGAAGUGUGUGAAUCAGAGCUUAGUGUACUGAGGAGAGUUAGACACACCAACAUUAUUCAACUUAUUGAAGUGUUUGAGACUCAGGAAAGGGUUUAUAUGGUGAUGGAGUUGGCAACAGGUGGGGAACUUUUUGACCGUAUUAUUGCCAAAGGAUCCUUCACUGAGAGAGAUGCUACUCGUGUAUUGCAGAUGGUUUUGGAAGGAGUGAAAUACUUACACAUUCUAGGUAUUACUCACAGAGACUUAAAACCUGAAAAUCUAUUGUAUUAUCAUCCAGGAACAGACUCCAAAAUCAUGAUCACGGACUUUGGUCUUGCAAGUGCACGAAAAAAAGGGGAUGAUUGUUUAAUGAAGACUACUUGUGGAACUCCAGAGUAUAUUGCACCUGAAAUUCUAGUGAGAAAACCAUAUACCAACUCUGUGGAUAUGUGGGCUUUGGGAGUAAUAUCUUACAUACUUUUGAGUGGUACUAUGCCCUUUGAGGAUGAUAACAGAACCAGACUCUAUCGACAGAUUUUAAAGGGAAAAUAUAGCUACUGUGGAGAGGUAAGUUAGGUGUUAUGUGAAUUGUAAAUAGUUUGAUCUGGUCGCAUCAUCUGUCUAUGAUUACAUUCAGUUUAGAAAUUUGUUCCAUGGUGUAUACCAAUGUUUUAUUGUUUUUCUGACUUGUAUAAUAUAUAUAUGUAUAAUAUAUAUAUAUGUAUAAUAUAUAUAUAUAUAUAUAUAUAUAUAUAUAUAUAUAUAUAUAUAUAUAUAUAUAUAUAUAUAUAUAUAUAUAUAUAUAUAUAUAUAUAAUCUCAAAAGCCCUGAUAACAUAACCAAGUCUUUUUCAAAACCUUUCAUCGUAAUUGUUCAGCGGUUUUAGAAAGAUGUAUGUAUACAGGUGGUACCAUAACAUAAGUGGUUAAACUAAAAACAAAUGACUUGGGUUUUGCUGGGUCCACAUACUCUGUUUCCAGUCUUUUACUGCUGUAGAACCCAAUAACUCGAAUUAGCAUCAGCUGAGAGCUUGCAGUCCUGGCAUGGCCGUGCUUACCUCUACAGAGAUAUUCAGUUUCUCCCGCAGAGAACCAGAUGAGGCACAAGUGCCUGGGGAAAUUUAGCACAUUGUCAUACCUUAGUAAAACAGUUUAAAGAACCACUAAAGGUACUCAGACAUUUACUUUUAACUAGAGAUCAACUGAUAUUGAUUUUUAUAGAGUCGAUACUGAGAAUCUGUGAACUUUCAGGCCAAUAGCCGAUAGCUUACCGAUAUUCUGUGCAUUUACCGUACUUUUUUUAAUUUAUUUUUUGCUAAUCUUUUUUAUUUUUUUUUAUUUUUUAUUUAUUAAGUGGUAAAUGCACAAAAUAUACAUGCCAAUCAGAUUUUUUUCAUUUUUUCAAGAAUAUUGAACCAAAUCUUUAUGACUCAAUAUAAAGGUCAGGGGGAUCCCAGAGGGUUGCCAGAGGCUGACCUACCGCACACGAUCAAGCGCCUGCUAACCACCAUACUGCCCCCAGACCAAGCCAAAGCCAUCACACCCACAGAUCUCUUACCACCCAAAUCUUACCUGUCUUAGUGCCCCCCCUUACCUGUCUCUUAGUGCCCCCCCAUUCCCCUUAAUGUUCCUCUCCCUUCUCUUUUAGUGCCCCUCACCCCAGUGUUCCUUUUUCCUUCCCACCCCUGUACCUUAGUGUCCUCCCUUAAUGUUCUUCAUCCCCCCUUCCCUGUCCCAUAGUGUUCUUCAUCCCCUUCCCUGUCCCUUCAUCCCCUUCUUCCCUGUCCCAUAGUGUUCUUCAUCCCCCCUUCCUGUCCCAUAGUGUUCUUCUUCCCCUUUCCCUGUCCCAUAGUGUUCUUCUCAUCUCCCUUUCCUGUCCCAUAGUGUUCUUUCUAUCCCCUUCCUGUCCUAGUGUUCUUCAUCCCCCUAUAGUGUUCUUCUUCAUCCCCCUUCCUGUCCCAUAGUGUUCCUUACCACCCCCACCCCCUGUCCCUUAGUGUUCUACCACCCCAUCCCAUAGUGAUCUUUACCUUCCACCCCCCAUCCCUUAGUGCCCCUCUUUCUCUCCCCUCCUUGGUCCCCGGUGCGUAUCUUCCCUGCUCCCCGGUGUGUCUCCUGGUAGCGUAGCGGAGCACUGCACACCGCUGUACAGGAGAUUCAGUCUCCUGUACCUGGCUGGACUGACAGGAAGUGCUCUCUCAGUGAGCACUUCCUUUCAGUCUGGCUGGAUACAGAAACCGAAGUUCCUGUACCUCGGUGCGCACUGCUCCGCUCGGCCAUGCUACACAGAGUACCUGGCAGGAGGGAGUGCUGUGCUCCCACCUGCUGCCGGUCACUCUGAUCUAGCACCCACCUCAUUAUCGGUAUUACCUGUGAUUAUCGGCCGGUACCAAUACUUACAAAAAAUCGGAAAAUCGGCCGAUAAUAUCGUCAAAACAGAUAAUCUGUCGAUCCCUACUUUUUAACCCUGGAAUGUAAAGCAUUGCUGUAUUACUAAAUAUGGCAAUGGUUAUAUUGGUGUGUUAAAUAUGCCUCUAGUGGCUCUAUUCCUGACAGUAAUACAGUAAUAUUUAAUAAUGUACAGAUAAAAAUGUAUAGCUUUAUCAGGCACUCGAGUUAUAGGUAAUAUAAAAAUGGGAAUGAUGGACCCUGUUUAGAACCAUUAGAUAUAGUAAAUCAGGACGGAGUAUUUAAUAGUAUGAGAUUUCUAUCUUUUAUUUUUUUUUAUCUUUUAUUUUUUUUUAGUUCAAUAUCUUUUCUAUGAAGAAAUGAUUGAAACCAACAUCCCGAUGUUUAGCCAGAAGAACUACAUUAUUAUAUUAUCCCCAAGGAAUUUUGUUUACUGGGAAAUGGCUUAACAGGGAAAUGGCUUAAACAUAUUGGGAUGUUUGGCUGUCGUUUCAGGAAGUGCAAAUACUCAAAGCUGUAAUUUCUUCCAAUAAAAAAAUUAAUUAACAUGCAUUACAUAAUGCAUAAAUAGUAAUUCUUCAUGUAUAGUGUAGUCAAUACCGUGCAAGACAUAUGGCAUACAAAAUUGUUAGACUUGUUAGAAUUGUUAGACUAAAAUUGUUAGAAAAAGUAGAGGAGAAAAGAUGAAAAGGAGGCUGAGCAGGUGGCUACACAAGCUUAUAUCUCCGCAAUGGAAACAAGGAAAAUAAAGGCCCUAUUUAGGCUAAAUUUUAAAAUUUACAGCGGGGAUCCUGAGGGUCACACACGUGCUAAUAACCUUAUUAAUAUAAAUCAAUAAAUAAAGCAAAUGCACUCAUAGUUUCGCUUUAAGGGAAUAGGGACGAUCUUCCAUCCUUGGGAAAUAGACUAAAUGCCCUAGUAAAAUGUAAAAGAAUUAGGAACAAUUGUGCAACUAUGUCACAUGCGCAGCAAACGUCCUAAUCCACUAAUAACCACGUAACAUUGUAUGAUGCUGCUCAGCAUCAAGUUGUUGUGCGUGAUGAUGCUGAACAUUAAGACAUUCAAAAAUCGAAGGUCUUAACCCCUUAAGGACACAUGACGUGUGACAUGUCAUGAUUCCCUUUUAUUCCAGAAGUUUGGUCCUUAAGGGGUUAAUGAGGAAGCUGCUCCUGUUGCUGUCAGACAGCCACUAGAGUGUUUCCAGCCAAUGUAACUAUAACUGUCUUGCUAUGUAUUGCAAGAAAAGGCACCGCAUCUAUACACAAAACCACUACUUUAUGAUGCAUUGAUUUUGAUGGUCAGUGUCACGUUAAAUUCCUAAUAGUUAAAAAUAUGGCUAGCAAUAUAAUUAUCUUUUAGCUUUGUGCUCAUAUCGCUCAUGAUUUUAACUGUAUAUGUAAUAGUUUUGUUGUGUAUUGCAGCUCCUUCCAUUCUGCUGACUUUUGCAUUAAUCUAGCUGGUCACCUGUUUUAUAGUGUAUAUUUCUUACACAUAUUAGGCGUUUUUUGCACAAUACUGUGCUUUACUGUUGGAUUGGUGCUAGAAUAUCUGGGAUCUGUCUAAGCUCCUGCUGACGUUUUUCCCAUAUGCAAGAAGGAAAAAAAAAAAAGGUUAAAAACAAAGAAAAAGGGGGAAAAAAAAAACAAGGAAAAAUUACAGUUAUGUGCCCUAUAAGUAUUUAAAGGCUGGAUAAGUAGAUUAGUUGAUUAUUAAACAAACAGUGGCUAUGUGUGUAAUCCUGCAGGUGAAUAAACCUAAGCAUGCCAAUCAGAGCAACAAGGUCCCCUGGGGGAGUCCUGCUCCAAAGGCUGGCAUACAUAAUGAGAGUUAAAAAGAAGAUGAGAAAAGAAGAGUCCUCAGGGUCCUCAUUAUUGAUAUCAUCAGCCGAUGCCUUGCGGGGUAUUGGUGGCGCUCUGGCGUGGUACUCUAUUUCUCGGUAGUUCGAUGUAGGCAGGUUGUAUUGUUGUUGAGCUUGGAGGGUGCGCCCUUCGGCUCCAUUUAUGUGGUAACCGAGGUGUAGGUGACCGGUGUGGUGCUGUGCGUCUGAAUGGGGCACUUUUUGCUGGAUCUCAGCUGUGGGUCGGGGUGGUGGGGGCACGUGGUCCCGCUUGGGAGAGUGAAUCCUGUGAUAGACCCAGGGUUCGUAGAAGAACUGCUGCGUCUUGCAUGCUGUAAAUUUGGUGUGUUGUUUCGCCAUGUUGUACCAGGAGCGUGUGUGAGGACUGCCAGUGAUACGGUAUGUUGUUGCGCUGGAGUGUGGAGGUGAGAGGCCGAAGUGACCUGCGCCACACUAGAGUUCCACUGGACAGGUUGGCGUAGAAAGUUAAUUUUGCAUUCUAAAACUGUAUGGGGACUUUACCCUGGACGGCGGUGAGGACCGUCCAUUUGUCUGACCCAUUUUUAAAGGUAAGUAUAGUGUCCCUUGUGGCCAUGUCUGGGGCCCCAGCGGAUUUUGGAAUCCGGAAGAGAUCUGUGGGUGUGAUGGCUUUGGCUUGGUCUGGGGGCAGUAUGGUGGUUAGCAGGCGCUUGAUCGUGUGCGGUAGGUCAGCCUCCGGCAACCCUCUGGGAUCCCCCUGACCUUUAUAUUGAGUCUUGUGUCUUCCUGGAUUGCGAAGCGCCGUUCAUACAGCAUAUUUUGGUUGCGCAUAUUUUUCUGCAGUGAGGCGAUAGUGCGCUGCUGUUCUUGGGAGGAAUCCUCUAGUACUGUAAUGCGGCCUGUCGGGCCCUGCAGCUCUCCCCUUAGUGCAGUGACAUCCACGAGGAUUUUUUAUUUAUUUUUUUAUUUUUUUUGUAGGUCCGCUAGCAGGGUCUUUACCAGGUCGGCGUCUGGGUCCUUCCUUGGUUUGCUGGGUUUUGCCUUCGGCUUUGGGUCUGGGGCUAGGAGGCAUUCAUCUUCGGCUCCCCCUGAGCAGUCGUCUGAGAAAUCAGAGCAGCCUCCGUGUAGCGCCGCCAUAUUGGAUCCGCUCGGGCCGCAUGCCUGCUGCCACAUUUCCCCUAUUGUGAGUCUUGGGGCUGGUUUGUCCGGGGUCUGUUUCUAGUACUUGCGUCCCAUAAGACCUAAGGGGUUCCUGCUUUCGGUCAGUGGUUAUUGGGGGUAGUAUCUGCCAUUUUUAAGUGUAUUUUCUCAGUUUUUGCUCGGAGCUCCUGAGUCUUGCAUCUGCUUGCCUCUGCUUUUAGGCUCCGCCCCCAAUCCAGUGAUUUUUAUGCUACUUUGAAGCUUGUUUAACUGGCAAUGAGCAAUGUUCUGCAAUUAAGUUGAAUUAUAUAUAGUAAGGGUGUCAGUCUGAGAGAAUAAAGUAGAAUAAAAUAAGGAGGGAGAACUGAUGGCUCUUAACAUAAACUGGUACAUGAUAAAACCAGUUUAUCCUCAAAUGGAUUACAUAUACUAAAGAAACAAACACAAAACAAAUGAUCCUAAUAGGACAUUGUGUCAUCCUCUAAAAUGGAGCCAAGAUAAAAUUAAAAAUAUAUAUGGAAAUUCUAUACUUACUAAAUAUAUAAACAAAUGUCCUAUAAAUAUAUUAAUGAAAACGAUAAAAGAAAAUCCACACCUUUCGACAGAAUAACUUUUGUAAGAAAAACAUUUAAAUUGUUAAAAAAAAAUGUAAUGGCACCAUCUUGUGAAUAUAAAAUAGAACUCAUUCUCCAUAUUACAAUUUCAACUAUUUAUAUAACACCAACAUAUUUCACAGCGCGGGUAAACAAAACCGACACUAAAUUCUAACAAACCCGAUUGACGUACAGGAAUGGACCAUGGAACUUACAAUAUAAAUAUAAACAGAAUGCAUAAAAAAUAGUGACAGCAGGAUAGAUGAUAAAGGAAUUUAGAAGAAAAUUAAUAAAUCCUCAUACUAUCAGAUUAUAUGCUCACUUUAUUUGAAAUGCUUUGAUAUUGCUAUAAGUCUUGUUUUUAAAAGGUAAAUGUGGCUAAAUACAAUAGAGUUAGCAGCAACUACAGUGGCAUAUGUCUUUUAAUUACAAAAGUGAAAGCUCAAAUGACGAGGGAAGGGAUUCUGAUUAUUCAUGGGAGGACAUAACUGGGGGACAAAUAUUAUUAUUAUUAUUAUUAUUAUUAUUAUUAUUAUUAUUUUAAAUUCUUUAUACCCAGCUCAACGAUAUGAGAGGGGCAUAUCAUACUUUACAUUUAGACAUUUGUGAAACAUUACCCCACUCCCUCUUGCAUGUAAGCUCAUUGAGAACUUUGAGAAGAAAUGCGUUUACUGCAAAGUAAAAAAAAACAGGGUUCUAAUCAAUUUAGAGUAUAAUAAAAAUAGGAAAAUUAAAUACAUUUCCAAACACAUUGGAUAAUUUUGAAAGAAGGUAAUCUUUGCAUUUCUAACACUAAAGGGUCUCUCUACCCCUCCCUCAUGCUCCUCGUUCUCCGGUGGCAAGUAAAGGGUAAAAAAAAUAAUAAAUAAAGACUUUCCUAAUUCCAGCAUCGAAGUCCCUAGGCGCUGCAUCGCUCUCCUCCUCUGAUGUCAGCUGAUGGGGUGGGGGGGGGGAGGGGAUGUAGAAGGGGGGGCCUAAUGUGCGUGUGCCACAUGCAUUAGGUCUUUUCCAUAGAAAAGUAUUGACUCCAUGCUUUCCUGUGGAGUUUUAGAAGACCCUGGAUGUCCUCAUGCAAAGCGUGAGAAUGUCCAGCCUCGUUUUUGGAGGAGAGAAAGGGACAGAAUGGUAGAGCUGGUAGGCCUCACCCAGCCACUGGACUCCCGGGAAGUCACUCUCCUGCACCCAAAAGGUAGGAAACAGAAGGGUGGUGGGGAAAAAAAUAUAUAUUUUGCAUGGGUGUGUGUAUCUGUAUGUCUGCAUGUGCAUUUAUCUGUCUGUCUGUAUUUGUGAAAUAUCCCCGAACAUAGAAGAACGCAGCAGAGCAGGGAAUCCCUCUAAUACCCAUGACUGCUCGCACUUACGACCAGCUCUCUCGCGGGGUGGUUAGUGCGAGGCGAGUUGCAAGAUGAGGACCACCUGUAUGUUUAUCUGUUUGAGUAUCUGUAUCUGCAUGUGUGUCAGUGUGUGCUCUUGUGUAUCUGUAUGUAUGCAUGUGUUUGUAUCUGUAGGAGUGUCAUUGUGUGUAUAUGACUGUCACUCUGUGUAUCUGCAUGUUUGUCAGUGUGUGUAUCUUUGUGUCUGUAUAUGUAUCUGCAUGUGUGUAUGGGUAUCUGACUCUGUGGGUGUGCCCCUGUGUUUUUACGUAUGUGUGUCAGUGUGUGCCCCUGUGUAUCUGUAUGUGUGUCAGUGUUUGUAUUUUGUUGAGUGUAUCUAUAUUCUAUGUAUCUGAAUGUUUCAUUUUGUAAAUCUGUAUGUGUGUUAUUGUGUCUAUCCGCAUGUGUAGUUAUUGUGUGCCACUGUGUAUCUGUAUGCUUGCAAGUGUUUGUAUCGGAGUGUCAUUCUGUAUCUGAAUGUGUGUCAUUCUGUGUGUGUAUAUCUGCAUGUUUCUAAAUGUGUAUGUGUUUCUGUAUGCCUGUGCCCGUGUAUCUGUAUGUGUGUUAUUGUGUGUACCUGCAUAUAUGGUAGUGUGCUUGUCUGCUUAUCGUUGUGUCAAUGUGGAUCUAUGUAUCUGCAUGUGUGUCGGUUUAUGCCUCUCUGUGUGUAUUUUCUAUCAGUGAAAAAUGAGUGCAGCCCAUGCACACAAAUAUUUCUGAUAAACUGGCACACUGCAAAAAAAACUUGGACACCGCUACACUAGAGGCUGUCUUAAGCCUGCAAUGGAAACAUUGCAGUUUCUCUGACAUUGCAAUGUUUGCAGCUGAAGGGCUAAGGGGACAAGUACAGUGUACACAGGCCACUUCAAUGAGAUGAAAUGGUGCUUAUAGUGUCCCUUUGACAGAGAGUCCAAAUAUAUUAUUUAGAGGAACCCCCAAUAUAAAAAGGCUCAUAAACCAAAUUAAAAAAAUAAGUAAAGCAAUAUGCACAACAUGAAAAUUGAAACAAUUACUGUCAGAACAUUGUAAGAAAGAAUAAUACAAGGGGACGUUAAAAUCUUGUGUUAUCAAAGCUUUUCAAAUAGAGUGAGAAUAUAUUCUCAAAACUUCACCUCUAAUGGUCUAAUUCCUCUAAAAUUAAAUAUAUCAAAAUGUAUCAUCUCUCCCUCUGUCAUUAUUGUUUAUUUGUAUCGUAACUAACUUUUAUAUUGUGUUUUAUCUUAAAUUUUUGCAGCCUUGGCCUAGUGUUUCGAAUUUGGCAAAGGACUUUAUUGACCGUCUGCUUAUGGUUGAACCAGGAGAAAGGAUGACUGCAACUCAAGCUCUAAAGCACCCCUGGGUAGUUAGCAUGGCUGCCUCAUCCUCUAUGAAGAACCUUCACCGAUCCAUCUCACAAAAUCUGCUCAAAAGAGCAUCUUCACGUUGUCAGAGUACAAAAUCUUCACAGUCUACUCGUUCUAGUCGCUCUACAAAAUCAACAAAGUCACGGCGAGUAAGAGAACGGGAACUGCGGGAGCUUAAUCUCCGUUAUCAGCAACAUUACAAUGGUUGAUGACGGCAAGCAGGAUACAUAGGAUGAGUGUUUAAAUACACAAAGUGCCUUCUCAACUUGCCCAUCCAGGAUUUUUUUCUUUUUCUUUAUAGCUUUUAUUUAUAUUGCAGCCAACUCAUUUUAUACGUAACUGUUUCUAUGUGCGUUUGGUAUUUAUGAGAAUUAUUGUUUUAAAAAUUUUUUUUUAUUUGUGCGGCUUUAAAACGAUUUUUUUUUUUUUUUUACUGAAAGGGGCACUCUCUGCACCAUAAUCACUAUAGAUUGUUGUAGUUAUGGUGUGAGAGUUAAACUGCACUAUUCCAUGAUUUAGUGUGAACCCAUUUUGGAGUGGUUUGACAAUGUUAGUGGAGUACUACCCAGCACCAUUCUGCAGCUCCUUGGAUAAUGCAGAAAUGACACUUCCGCAUGAUCUAAUCUGUCAAACCUUUGAUGACAAUGAUGGCUUGAGAGAGCUGGUCAUAGCCAUCCAGCACUUGCAGUUCAUAAUUGCUUUUGUAUGUUUUUUGUUUUAAGCAGGUGGGCUUAGCAAUGAAUAAUGGAGAAUGUCAAACCACUCCAAAACCAUAGAAACAUAGAAUGUGACGGCAGAUAAGAACCAUUUGGCCAUCUUGUCUGCCCAAUUUUCUAAAUACUCUAAUUUGGUUCCUUGACAUAUCUUAUAGCUAGGAUAGCCCUGUGCCUAUCCCACGCAUGCUUAAACUCCUUCACUGUGUUAACCUCUAACCGUCCAUGCAUCCACUACUCUCUCAGUAAAGUAAUUCUUCCUGAUAUUAUUUUUAGAUCUUUGCCCCUCUAAUUUAAGACUGUCCUCUUGUUGUGGUAGUUAUUCUUCUUUUACAUAUAGUCUCUUCUUUUACUGUGUUGAUUCCCUUUAUACAUUUAAACGUUUCUAUCAUAUCCCCCCCGUCUCGUCUUUCCUCCAAGCUAUACAUGUUAAGAUCUUUUAGCCUUUCAUUGUAAGUUUUAUCCCGCAAUCCAUGAACCUGUUUAGUAGCCUUUCUCUCAACUCUCUCCAAAGUAUCAAUAUCUUUCUGAAGAUACGGUCUCCAGUACUGUGUACAAUACUCCAAGUGAGGUCUCACCAGUGUUCUGUACAAUAGCAUGAGCACUUCCCUCUUCUACUGCUAAUACAUCUCUCCCUAUACAACCAAUUUCCUGCUGCUCUUUUACAUUGUCUGCCUACCUUUAAGUCAUCUGAAAUAAUCACCCCUAAAUCCUUUUCCUCAGAUAUUGAGUUUAGGACUCUAUCAAAUAUUCUGUACUCUGCCCUUGGGUUUUUACACCCAAGAUACAUUAUCUUGCACUUAUCUACAUUAAAUGUCAGUUGCCAUAGCUCUGAUUAUUUUUCUAGUUUACUUAAAUCAUUUGCCAUUUGGCUUAUCCCUCCUGGAACAUGAAACCGCCUAAAAGAACACCGGUGGAUGAUGCCUAUAAGUUGAUAGCACCAUAACAACUGUGGUAAAAUGCAAAGGUUAUGGUGCUUAGAGUGCCUUUUAAAAGACACAGUAAGUACCAUAACCACUUCAGUGGAUUGUAGUAGUGAUGGUGCCUGGAGUCUCUCCUGACAGCCUGCAGCACAGUCUCUAGUAAUGAAAUUGGUGGAGACCGAGCUAUGCUUCACCUCGCAUCCUAACAAUGCCUGCAAUGAAUUUGGGCAUUGAUUGACUGAGAGCAGCUAGGGUAUGCUAUUAGUACCUCCACCAUUUAAUCCUUGGUGGAUUGGUUGAGCACUUAAACUAAAUGGUGAGUAAAUGGUUAUUAGUAAUGGGGACCCAGUCACUUCAGGCACCAUAAGCACAUAUGUGUGAAGUUGUUAUGCUUCCUACGAUGUUCUUUUAAAUGUUUGGAUGCCAAGUUCAAAGAGAAGCCUUGUCAUACACACCCACAUUGAAAAAAAAAAAAAAAAAGUGAAAAUAAUGCCCUAAUAACUAUAUAUCUCCAUGUAUAGUUUGUACAGAUUAGAUCAAAGUAAAAACUUUUAAACUAUGAUAAAUGUUAAUGCUGUGUACUGCUCCGUUAUUUCUGAACAGUGCUAGAAAUUAACAUUAUGUAUAACCUCUGUGCUACAGAUAGUUAUCUUUUUAUAUAUUUUUAUUCAAAGACUUACUUUUUCAAGUCUAUUGUUAUUCCUUGGGUACCUUCAGAAUUAUAAGCAGUGGCCACACAUGUCAUAUUGGUACAAACCUACUACUAUAUAUAUAAUGAUUUUCAAUGUGGUGUGUUGAAAAAACAAAUAGAAUCCAUCUUUAUUUAAGUUCUGCAGUGAGAAUGAGGAAAAUCGAAUUUCAUUAAAAAAAGUUUUUUCUAAAUGUAAAAUUGUAUUUUUAAAGCGCUAUGAAGUUCUCUACAUUUACCCAUGCAUAAUAUUUAGCAUUAUUUUAUAUUGUACACCCAGUGAAUGUGACAGAAAUAAUAACUCUAAUAUUUCAAUACUGCUCGAGAAUUUAACUCCACAUCAAAUAAAGACUGAGUAGACUUAAUUACAAGCCAACCAAUCAAAGUGCAUCUCCAGGCAAGUCUUGUUACUGUGUGCUUGGCCUGGUGACACGUUUAAUUGUAUUCCCACAUCCUCAACUUCUAAAUAUGCAAUUUUCAGUUCCUUGUUUUUUUGGGGAUUUAAAAAAAGAAAUUUCAAUUUAACAUGGGGCCAAAAAAGUAGAAGCCUUUAGAAAAGUUUCAAGAUUGAAGUUCUUACCUUUGACCAAAUAAUCUGUCUUAAUCUAACACAAAUUUUAAAUAAAAAUGUGACAAAACA